GCUGGAGAGACUUGUGGAGGCGGCUGGGGUGUUUGGAUUUCCAAUAAAGGGACACUGUGAUGCUCCUGUGUCUGACCGGGUUUGUGAGGCAUUGAGGCUGCCUUGGGCUUCACUGGCAGUGUGGGCUACAGGGGUGCGGCUCUGCCAGUUACUGUCGAGUGGGUCGGGCCAUGGGUAUGAGCGCGUGUGUGCGCGGGGGGCCAGAUCGUGGGUGCCCCCACCCUUCCUCCAUCCUUCCCCCUCCCCCACUCUACCCGCGUCGGUCCCCCACCCGCGCUCGUACGUGCGCCUCCACCGGCAGCUCCUGACUCAUCGGGGGCUCCGGGUCACAUGCGCCUGCCCGGCCCUAUAGGCGCCUCCCCCGCCCGCCGCCCGGGAGCCGCAGCCGCCGCCACUGCCACUCCCGCUCUCUCCGUGCUGCUGCCGUCGCCACCGCCACCGCCACCACCAUCGGCUGAGUCUGCAGUCCCAAGAUCCCAGCCAUCAUGUCCAUAGAGAAGAUCUGGGCCCGGGAGAUCCUGGACUCCCGCGGGAACCCUACAGUGGAGGUGGAUCUCUAUACUGCCAAAGGUCUUUUCCGGGCUGCAGUGCCCAGUGGAGCAUCUACCGGCAUCUAUGAGGCCCUUGAGCUAAGGGAUGGGGACAAACAGCGUUACUUAGGCAAAGGUGUCCUGAAGGCAGUGGACCACAUCAACUCCACCAUCGCGCCAGCCCUCAUCAGCUCAGGUCUCUCUGUGGUGGAGCAAGAGAAACUGGACAACCUGAUGCUGGAGUUGGAUGGGACUGAGAACAAAUCCAAGUUUGGGGCCAAUGCCAUCCUGGGUGUGUCUCUGGCCGUGUGUAAGGCAGGGGCAGCCGAGCGGGAGCUGCCCCUAUAUCGCCACAUUGCUCAGCUAGCCGGGAACUCAGACCUCAUCCUCCCUGUGCCGGCCUUCAACGUGAUCAAUGGUGGCUCUCAUGCUGGGAACAAACUGGCCAUGCAGGAGUUCAUGAUCCUCCCAGUGGGAGCCGAGAGCUUUCGGGAUGCCAUGAGACUGGGUGCAGAGGUCUACCAUACACUCAAGGGAGUCAUCAAGGACAAAUAUGGCAAGGAUGCCACCAACGUGGGAGAUGAAGGUGGCUUUGCCCCCAAUAUCCUGGAGAACAGUGAAGCCUUGGAGCUGGUGAAGGAAGCCAUCGACAAGGCUGGCUACACAGAAAAGAUCGUCAUUGGCAUGGAUGUUGCUGCCUCAGAGUUCUAUCGUGAUGGCAAAUAUGACUUGGACUUCAAGUCUCCGGCUGAUCCUUCCCGAUACAUCACUGGGGACCAGCUGGGGGCACUCUACCAGGACUUUGUCAGGGACUAUCCUGUGGUCUCCAUUGAGGACCCAUUUGACCAGGAUGAUUGGGCUGCCUGGUCCAAGUUCACAGCCAAUGUAGGGAUCCAGAUUGUGGGUGAUGACCUGACAGUGACCAACCCAAAGCGUAUCGAGCGGGCAGUGGAAGAAAAGGCCUGCAACUGUCUGCUGCUCAAGGUCAACCAGAUCGGCUCAGUCACUGAAGCCAUCCAAGCGUGCAAGCUGGCCCAGGAGAAUGGCUGGGGGGUCAUGGUGAGUCAUCGCUCAGGAGAGACUGAGGACACAUUCAUUGCCGACCUGGUGGUGGGGCUGUGCACAGGCCAGAUCAAGACUGGUGCCCCGUGCCGUUCUGAACGUCUGGCUAAGUACAACCAGCUCAUGAGAAUUGAGGAAGAGCUGGGGGAUGAAGCUCGUUUUGCCGGACAUAACUUCCGUAAUCCCAGUGUGCUGUGAUUCUUCUGCUUGCCUGGAGACGUGGAACCUGUCUCAUUCUCCUGGAACCUUGCUGUCCUGAUCUGUGAUAGUUCACCCUCUGAGAUCCCCUGAGCCCCAGGGGGUCCAGAACUUCCCUGAUUGACCUGCUCCAGCUGCUCCUUGGCUUACCCGACCUCUUGCUGUCUCUGCUCGCCCUCCUUUCUGGGCCCUACUCACUGGGGUUCCGCACUUUCCACUUUCUCUCUUCCCUCAAAAAUGAGAAAUGUGAAUGAGGAUUCUAAAGGGGGUCCAUGGAAGAAUGCUUAGCGUCUGCGAUGGGAGCAUCAGGGUUGCUGUCUUGAGGUGUUAGUGAGGGACCACGUGUCCCUCGUGCUUUGCUUUUGUCCCAUGUGUUUUCCAUGUUGCAUAUGAGCCAUGAACUGUGUGCAGUGCUGGGGUGGAGGGGGGUGCUGGAUGUGAUCAUGCCUGGCUAAGGCUUUCAUGUAUUUAUUUAUUGUAUUUAUUUUUCGUUCAUCCCAUUAAUUCAUCAUUUCCCCAUAACUCUAUGGCCUAAAAUUGGCUUGACUUGAGGGAACGAUGUGUCUGUAUUUCAUGUGGCUGUAGAUCCCAAGAUGACUGGGGUGGGAGGUCUUGCUAGAAUGGGAAGGGUCAUAGAAAGGGCCUGGACAUCAGUUCCUUUGUGUGUACUCACCGAAGCCUGCGUUGGUCCAGAGCGGAGGCUGUGCCUGGGGGAGUUUUCCUCUAUACAUCUCUCCCAACCCCGGUUUCCCUGUUCUUCCUCCAGCUGCACCAGAGCAACCUCUCACUCCCCAUGCCACGUUCCACAGUUGCCACCAUCUCUGUGGCAUUGAAAUGAACACCACCAUUAAAGUCUGAAUCCGUGCA